AUGACGCCACCUCAAAUAUUCACCGAUGAAGAAGGUGAAAGAGGAAAAUUAUCGAUGAUUAGUAAUUUUAAUUUAGAUGAAUUAAAGCGGACAGUAAAUAACGAAAGAAAGAAAAAUGUCGAAUUGAUUACAAAAAUACAAGAAUUAGAAAGUCAGAAAUUGAAAGAUAUGAGCCAGAGAAAUAAAGAAUUUAAUCAUCUUCAAUCACAACUAACCAAGUAUCGUUGUGAUUUUGAGAAAAGUGAAAUGUUACGUCAAACAUUAGAAUAUGAGUUGACAGUGAUGCGUAGUCAGUGUGGAAAAGAAUCAUUUAAAUAUAAGGAAUCAGAACAAAUACUAGAAAAGACAAAAGAAUUAUUUUCAGAUAAACUAAAAGAAAUGAACUCCGAAAUCGAGCGUUUACGAACUGAAUUAACAUCAAACGCACAAAAGUAUGAACAUGAAUUACAGCGAUUAGACGAUAAUCUAAAACAAAAGAAUGAACAAAUCUAUAAACUUCAGUCAACAGCUGAUAUGCAUUAUGAACGAGAACGACGCAUUAGAACAUUAAAUGAACAAAUUGAAAGAUUAGAAAAAACAUUUGAUGAAUCGGAGCAAAUUUCUCGAAAAUAUGUGGCUGAUGCGAUACAUGCAAAAGAUAAAGAAAAUGAUAUGAAAAUAGAAUAUGAUGUAUUGUUUAUGAAAGUUCAAUUUUUGGAACAGACGCUUGAAAAUGAACGAACGAUAACCAAUGAAACAAAAUUAGCAGGAGAAUUGCUGAACUGUCGUGUAAAAGACUUACAAACAACUAUUGAUUUAAUUAAACAAGGCAAAUUGAAUGAUGAAAACAAAAUUGAAGAAUUACAAAAACAGAUUGUAGUACGCCGUACAACGUUAAAUCAUUUACAGAAAGAUUUGGAAGAGAAAUGUUUAGAAAUGAAUAAUGCAGAACAAUUUUAUGAAAAAACAAUCAAAUCAUUAAAAGAUGAACUAACAAAUUAUCGUCGUAAAGCACGUUUAAUCGAAGAUAAGCAUUCGUGUUGUAAUGUAAAAUUGAUUGAUCUAUUGAAACUCUGCAAAAUAAUUCCAGAUACAGCAGAUCAGAAUAAUAUCGUGAAUUUUGUUCCAUCAUCACAACAGUUGGAAGAGUUAAGAUUAUACGUCGAUGAUUUAAGAAAAAGUUCAAAUGAAAAAGUGAAUGAGAUUUCUCGUUUGAAAAAGUCCAUUGAACGUUUAACAAGGACAUACGCAAGUCUACAUCGAACGCAAUUAGACCGUGUUCAUAGUAAAGAUGGUAACUUAGCUGAAAUGUUAUCUAUUAAAGAUGAAUAUCAAGCAUGCAAAUAUGAUAAAGUAGCGUUAGAAGAAUUACUCAUGAUUACCAGAACUGAAUUACAACAAUUAGACAAACAAUAUCAACAAGUAUAUCAGCAAAAUUUGGAAAUGAAAUUAUUUAUACAACAAAAAUUAAAUGAUUCACCCAAAGAACAAGAAGAAAUGCUGAAUUUGUCUCUCUUGAAAUCGAUUGAUGAUCGUUUACAAAUAGCAAUUCGUUCAUCGUCAGAUGAUAAGAAUAACAUCGAUUCUCAACGAUUAACGUUACAUCAAAAUAGUGAUAUUUGUUCAGUAAUCAAUGAUGGAUUGACAAUUAUUCUCAGUCGAUAUGAUUCUCUUAUGAAUUCUACUCAACAGUUAGAACAGCAAUUAAAUACACGAGAAACAGAGUAUAAUCGAAUACAGCAGACAAUGGAAGAACAAAUAUUGAAAUUUAAAACAGAUAUCAAUGAACGAGAUGAAAAAUUUAGUAAACAAAAAGAAAUGAUAAUUAGACAAUAUGAAAUGACCAUUCAAGAACUACAAACAAAUUUAAAAAAUAUUGAACUUAAAUCUCUUGAAACGCUUCAUCGUAAUCAAUUAUUAGAAACGGAAAAUUUGGAAAAGAAACGUAUUUAUGAUAAAUCUCAGUCUGUUAUCAAUGAAAAAGAUGGUGAGAUAAAACAAUUGAAAAUAUUAUCCACAUUUCUUGUUGGUCUCAUUUAUCCAUUAAAACAACGUUAUACACUUUUAAUUCAACAAAUAAAUAUAUUGAAACAAUUUUAUUUAAAUUAUCACCAAAUAAAACAAUUUAUUAUCAAAUCGUCUAACUUAGUCUGUAGAACACCAAUUCUUCGUUUUCGAAAAUAUGUGAUUGCAAUUAUUGCCUAUGACAGACUAUUGUUAUUAUUAAAAAAGAAAAAAUUAUUUUUAAUUAAUAAUGAACAAUAUCAUUAUGGAAAAACACAAUUAAAUUAUGUAUACAGAUUACCAAAUUCAAAACAACGAAUGGAGAGUAUGUCGAUUAUAUUUAAAUUUUUGUCUUGUCAUUUUAUUUUUACAAAAAUAUUGAUUGAUCACAUAAUUUACAACGUUUAUAAACCCUUUUCCUGUCUAGAUACAUAUGUUGUGGAGAAAGUACAGAAUGAGCGAUUCUAUAGAUUCCCUAAUCAGUACUGAGAAGGUAUAGAAUGAGGUUUUGAGCCUCGCUAGGGAAUGAAUAAAAUUUUCAAAUACUAUAUUUCUGACUAGUUUUUCUCCCCCAAAAAACGACAAAUCUUUUGAAUAUGGUCAUUUCUAUCUCUUCUCACGAUAUUUUGCACUCAUGAUAUUAACUUAGUUUUAGAUAUACGGAGUUCAUCCAUUAAGUGCGGAGUGACGACAACUUCCAUGGAAAUUCCAGAAUUAGUCUAAUUGCCACUCACUUUCACGCUGCGAUGCUCCCUCUCCCUACUCACAUACUGGUAGAAUUGAAACUCUAGUUGGAAUCCGAACAGAAUCUGCUCUGGAAGUUUUCUGUGGAUGUUGUCGCCACU